AUGUUUAAUCUGGCAGAAGAUAUUUCAAGUUUGACAAAGUCCAACUCGUUUGAAUUUCGUGAUCUUUCUUUUAUGGAUGAUGUGUUGAAAGGUUUUCCAUUUACAACUCCAAACAACGAUGAGAACCAUGGAGAUGAACAUGAAAGUAGAUUGAAGACUGUUUUAAAGUCGUAUGGUUUCAAAAGGUGUCCAGUGGAAGGUGAUGGGGACUGUCUUCUAGCAGCAAUUUUUCUUGAAGUGCAACGUUUAUUGGAAUCUGACAGUGUAACUACAUUAUCUAACCAUCUGAACUGUAUUGGAUUGUUUGUCACGACUGUUCCCUGGGAGGCGGUGACGAAAUUACGAAAACUCAUGGUUUCCGAGUGGCUACAGAAUGAAGAAUACUACGGAUUAAAAAACUUGUACGAAAACGAACAAGACAUUCUUGCUUAUGAAAAACCUGGCGUAUUUGGCGGGGGACUUGGAGAUGCAAUGCCCCUUGGACUCGCUAAUGUCUUGCGACUGCCGAUCGUUAUGUUUACGUCUAUCCGCAAUUUUCCCCUUGUGGCCAUCAGCCCACGAGAGCAGGUUCCUGACGCUAAGCCCAUAUUUCUGGCAUACACCCAACAAGGUCCAGGACACUAUGACAUCGCCAAUUGCAUCCCAUCAGUACACAACUGACACCUGAAGAAAAAGAGGCGAGUGAAAAAGUACCCCCUCUUUCCAAUGAAGUCCAAAACUUCGGUUGCCGCUGUGGCCAAGGCAGGGAUAGAAAAAAUUUGUCAAAAAUGCGUUGUCAGAUUCCCCCUGGCAAGUUUUCUUGUCGCUGCGAAUGCUUUAACAGAAAGGAGAGCUGUUCUGCCUCCUGCCAAUGUAAAAACUGUGGCAAUAUAUACGGAAAAAGACUAGAAUGGAAAUCGGAGGACAUCAAGCGACCAAGGAAAAGAGCAAAACAUGCAUCUCAGAGAAGCAAGCAGUCAUCGCUAUGUUUUUUGAAAGAGAGAGGAGAGGGACUAAAGGUCAGUGGGUGGACGAAAUUGGAA